AUGCCUGGCCCCGGAGGAGGUCCGCCUCGAAAAAGUCAUACCAAAUCAAGGAAUGGGUGCCGGACAUGCAAACGAAGGCAUAUCCGAUGUGACGAAACAUUUCCUCAGUGUCGCAAUUGCACAAAGCACAAUUGCAGAUGCGACUAUAUGGACGUGCAAACGACUCGUGAUGACUCUGUGCAGACACCGAAGACUCCUCUCGAUUUAUUGAUGACCCCGGAGAUUGAUGCUGAAAUUGAGAAUUGGCGCACCACGGGAAUUCCUCCGUUUCAAGAGCUUUCUCAAUGUCCUCGGAAUGAUUGGCAUCGGUUUUCGAAAUCGACCCUUCGGCUGAUCCAUCACAUUGCUGGCCUAUCCAUCGACUUGCACCGCCGGGGUCUCGGUCACACUACAGUCUGGUCUGCCUGUAUGCCACGUCUCCUCGCCCUUGCUGUGAUGAGUGACUUUGUCAUGAACGGGAUUCUCGCACUAUCUGCAUUACACAUGACGUAUGUGACUGGUAGCAAGGAUAUUUUGAAUCUAUCACAUCAUUAUCGAAAAACCGCAUCCAAAGGACUACAGAAUGCGCUGGGGACGUUCUCACAAGCAAAUUGUGACGCAAUACUUGCAGCCUCGCUUGUUUUGUCGUGGCAGGCCACGGAUUGGGAAUCAAUAUCGACUCUUCAGAAGGGAAUAAUAUAUGUCCUGGAUUCCAUGCACCCGUCCUGGAAAGAGUCAUCGGAAAUUGCCCAGAUUUUAGACAGUCAAAGAAUUCUACGGACCAGGAAUUCGACAUAUAACCUCGAUAGUUCCCCCGGAGGGACACCACACUUCCGGAAUGAGAUAUUAAGAAAUAUCGACAGCACUAUUGUUGAUUUACAUCGAUCUCAAGAGCGUCUAAGCCAUAUUUCCGAGUUUCAUGACACCAUAACAGAAUUGAUUGACUAUGUGAAGCUGGUACGCAACGAGCUACCAAUGCAAUCUCAAAAGGCCGCCUUUACGCGACUUCAGACUUUGCGAGCGUGGAUCUUCUGGUUGCCAACCAAAUUGCUUCGAGGUGGUGAGGGCGAUCUCGUUGCCCUAUCUGUGCUGGCCCAUGUUUACUCGACAGCACUGGUCUUGGAACCUUUCUUUCCUAGCAUCGAAGGCUCAUAUAUCGGUUGCAUGACGCUUAGUCUCAUUCAAAACAUCGAUUCAAUCCUCCUAUCUCGAAAGUCCAGCUUCCCUCUGUCGCAUAUCACACAAUUAGCAGCCGGUCUGAUGGACGCCCCCCGACAUAAUUUUAACGACUACAAAAGCCACACCCAAUACGCCCAUCAGAUGCAGCACAUGAGCCACGUGGUUCCAACGCCUCCCAGUCCAUAUCAUCAAUUCCACGACUUCUCCUCGUCGUUCGUCACCAGCGGCGCAUCAUACACUCCAGCUAUGCUUUCAUCAUUUCCUCUCGCAACGACCGCCGCUGCCGCCACCACCACUUCCCCCUUUCAAGCUUCCCCUACGUACAGAUCGAGCGGCAAUUUUUCGAAUGUGUACAUGAGUCCUUCAAUACAUGCGUCUGAAUAUUAUGACGAUUCUCUCUCGGAUUACAGCAGACCGGGGGCCGCUAUUGAUCAUUCCGCUGGCUUCUCGUCAUUUGGGAGCGAGGCGAUUCACGGUAUGCCCACGACCGAAGCUGGCGGUACAUUCCAUUCCGAUCUUGCUCAAGAUAUCCCGAUUACUGGUCCGAGCUCUACUUCUGAACUGUGGACAUGA